AUCAGCCGUGACCUUCAGGCAACAGGGUCCUUGUAUAUCAGCAGGACCCAGGCAAGCUGCAGGCAGGGAUUCCAAAGAUUCCAUGACACCUCCCCCACCUUCUUUUCUGUUAUUGCAACUGCUUGUUGUAAACUGGCACCUCAAGCCUUCCUCCCUCACUGUGCUGGGGUCAGUGCAGUGCCUCAGCUCGGAGCUCUGGCUCUUGAUCCUUGCUUUUGGGAUAAAAGACUUUCAAGCAUUGUGGGGUGGUGUUCAACUUCUUCACAACCCUCUAUCCCUUCUGCCACAAACAUCAACGCGACAGUAUCUGUCAGGCCUUCAUAUGAUCCGGGGACACAAAGGAGCAUCUUAGAGGUUAAUCAGCAAUUGCGUUUCCAGCUAACCAUGAGUCAACAGCCGUCCCAAGAUCCAAAAGAGAAAUUUCUGACAUCGGAGGCUACUGCCUCCUCCCUGGCCAACCAACUGCAGAAAUACAAAACAGGAAACGGUCAGAAAGAUGAGAAGGAAGAAGAGCCAGCAGUUCCCGAACUCAGCAGGGAGCUGCAGGAAAAGGAAGAAGUGAAUGAAGUCCAAAAUGACACAUUGGAUGGUCACCAUGACUCGUCUGACUCCAGCCACCCUCCUAGCCACCUGGCCUUCCUGUCUGAUGAGCGUGAAGUGGAUUUUGCUCAGGAAGGUACCCAAAACACUCAAGAAACUGAAUGUCUUAGAAAGACUCAGGUCAGUUCUGGAGCCCAGCUUCAAGGGUCAAGAAAGGAGGUGGAAAAGCUGAAGGCAAAACUGAAGGAACUUACAGAAAAUUUCCAGGAGAUUCAAAAAAAGAUCGCGCAGUUCAGGGAUAUAAGUAUAGCUCACAAAAAGGAAUUUUUCAGAAAGGAGCUGUUCUCUGAGGAGGAGGAAGGGGAUCUACCACAGAACAUACUGGACAAAGAGAAUUUAACUACCUCUAGUAAAUUUGAAUUGUCUGACUCCGAACCACCUCUUGAAAUGCCCAUUUCCGGGUCUGAUAUACAUGAAGUGUGCUCUAACGUGGAUGCGUCCAAGAACACUGAUGAACCCAAAUGUCUCAGGAAGAGUCAAGUCAAUUCUGGAGUCCAGCUUCAAGGACCGAGAAAAGAGGUGGAAAAGCUAAAGAUGAAACUAAAGCAGCUUUCAGAAAAUUUCCAGGAGAUUCAGAAAAAGAUCAUACUGUUCAGGGAUAUAAGUAUAGCAUAUAAGAAGGAAUUUUUCAGGUGGGAGCUGCUGUCUAAGAAAGAGGAAAUGAGUCGAGCCCAGCAGCACACACGUGAUGAACAGAACUUGACUAUUUGUACUAAAUUCGAACGGUCUGAUUCUAACCUGCCUCCACACACACCUCUUUCCCAGUCUGAUGGACGCUAUAUGUGCCCUACUGUGGAUGCAGCUGAACACACUCAGCAACCCGAAUGCCUCUAGAAGACACAAGCUACCUCUUAAACCCUACUUCCAGAGUCCAUGAAAGAUGAGGAAUGGCAGAAGAUGGAAUGCAAGCAGCUUACAAAACAAUUCCAGCACCUGCAGAAAAGGAUCAUGCAGUUCAAAGAUAAACAUACAGCCAAAAAUUUUUCCAAAUAAGAGUGAGUCCAUGU